CCAGCGGUUAAAACAAGCAAGCGCAAAAGCCGUGAGAUGAAGUCGACGCGCAAAGUGCCGCGUCACCUUUUCUUCUUCUUCUUCUUCUUCUUCUAAUGCUCUGUGAUUGUGCGGCACCUCCAGCCGGGGCCCGGCAUCACCGCAACGUUGUGUUGAACGGCCCAGUAAGCGCCGCCGAACCGUGAGAGAGGGGGAGUCGCCUUUGCCGACUGGCAACGUCCAUGCGCGCCCCCUCACCCCCCGCCCCUCGCUUCUUCUUCUACUAGUCGGAAAGGGAGCGUCGAAAAGCAGGUGUACGGUUUCAGACAAGAGGACGCGAGGAAGAGAGGGAGUCCUUCCCUAAACUGCUCUUUAAGCUCUGGCCGAGGACUCGGGGCUCGUUUCGCAUGGACCGGACCGGCUGCUUUAAGCGUAACAGAAUCACCGCCGGACGGUGCGACAUUUGUUUUAAGGCACUGGACGGGCUAAGCUCUGGAAAUAAAGCUUGACCGGGUGGCGAGAAUCGUCCGGAACAAGGGGAGAAGUUUGGAAACGUGAGGAGGAAGAAAGCAGAAGAAGGAAAAAAGGGCAGCUGGACUCUCAGCGUACCUGUGCCUGACCGUUCACAGCGAGCAUCUCGGCUUUUUUGAUUUUAUGACGGAAAGUGUGUCCAUUUGCAAUAGAUCAGUUAGAAGUGCUCUUCACCAUGAAUACAGAUAGUGGAGGAUGCGUUCGCAAAUGCGCUGCCUUGUCACUCACACUGUCCCCCAUGAAGAGGGUCCAGAGCUCACCCAACCUGCCCACAGGGAGUGAAUCUCACUCAUCGGAUUCAGAUGCAUGGCGGUCGCACAGUGUAACAGAUGGCCUGAGGAACGGAGAUGUCAGCAGCUCUUCUCUAGCCGCCAAGGGUUUCCGCAGUGUCAGACCCAACCUACAGGACAAAAAAUCUCCCUUACAGUGGCCUCCGUCCACAGACCCUGCGGCACGGCACUCCCCCUACCACUCCCACAGCUCAGAAUCACUCCACUACCUGUCAAGCCUAAUGCCUAAAGCCCUGACGCCCACCCCGUAUGUCCCCGGAGGAGCUGGUGGUAUGGCAGGUGUGGCCAGCGGGCUGAGCCCUACCGCGGCUAGCAGUGUGUGUGUCGGUGUCAGCGUGUCGCCCUCUGCUUCCCCCGUGACGGUGUCGGCUCUCAGCCACUACUCCACCUCCACGGUCGGCCUGCUGGAGGAGCUGCAGAUCUGUAGCCUCGACUCACCCGGCGCCUCUCCCACACCCUCCCCCACCCUCAGCCACGUCUCCGCCUACACAGCCACCGCUGGCCCCGACGACGUGCUAACAACAGUUGUGGCCUUCGCUGCCACAGCUGCCACCAUCACUAACGGCCAGGUCCUUUCUCAGGCUAUGAAUGGAGGUACAGGACACCCCCAGAGGCCCAUGUCGCCCCCAGCCUAUCCUCCUCCUCCCACAUCUCUCAACACCAGCCUUCAUAGGCAGAGCAGGAGUUCAGAGGGCAGCGAGUCAGUCACCAGGGAGUCUGUGGUGUCCGGCCACACCAGCGUCAGUAGCACAGUGCCCAUCGCCCGCUUCUCAGAGGAAGAGAAGAGGGUGUCCGUCAUCAAAGCCCCUCACUACGAGGGGAUCGGCCCCGUGGACGAGUCUGGCAUCCCCAUCGCCAUUCGCACGACAGUGGACCGGCCGAAGGACUGGUACAAGACUAUGUUCAAGCAGAUCCAUAUGGUUCACAAAGCUGAUGACGACUAUGCUGACACAUACAAUGCAACAUAUGCUGUCAUAAACAAUGAUGCCCAUGUCCUUUCAUCUAAUCUCACCAUGGUCCACCCUGCCCCGCGGACACACACAUACCGGCCCCUAGCCAAGAGCCCCUCAGACAACGGAGGGCCCCCGGGCCCCCGGGAGCCUUCGCCAUCCCCCGUGCCUCCUCCACCCCCACCUAUGCCCUCCCUCCUCCAACUGAGGACCCGUGAUUGUGACCGUGAGAGAGACUCACCAGACAUGAAUGAAUGGGGUCCACCUGACAGGAAGGUGGACACACGAAAGUACCGCGCAGAGCCCAAGAGUAUUUUUGAGUAUGAGCCAGGGAAGUCCUCUAUUUUGGAGCAUGAGAGACCAACCUACGAUGACAUAGAUUUAGAGAAUGAGCCUUGGUAUAAAUUCUUUUCCGAACUGGAGUUUGGGCGGCCGCCUCCUAAAAAACGGCUGGAUUAUAAUCCAGACAUCUCGGCUCGCCAGCACAUCGAGACAUCCCUGUGCAUCACUCCUGCCGACAAGGCUCCGGAGAGGCCCGCGAGUGCCGCCAGCGACUACAGGAAGAGGAGGAAGUCGGAGCCGUCGGGUUCGGCCCAUACCCAUUCGAACCAGGUUAAAACCGCAACGUCCCCUAAGCCUUUGGACAACUACAAAGCCAGCACCCUUAAGAAACCUCUUAUCCGGUCCUCACCGUCAUCACCCUCCAGACCUAAAGGUGGGGAUGCAUGCAACAUGUACUCACCCCAGUUGACCUCUCCAGAUCCGUAUCUGCGCCCCUAUCUGUCCCCAGAUUCCUCUGAUGCUAUCCACCACCAGGAGGAGAACAGCCAGGAGGGCAGCUCCUCCUCCAAACAGUCAAUCUGUUUUAAGAACGACUGGCAGACAAAGCACCAGGACACUGAGACUUGGAGCAGUGCAGAGGAUGCACCGCCCUCACCCGGCAAGAUCAGGUCUCGCAGCUGCGAUGACCUUUUGAAUGACGGACAUCCUAGUUCAGGCGGGCACAACGCCACCCGGUCAGAGAGUGCUGGGUCACUGGUGUGCGAUGGAGGUCCCUCAGGUCAGGCUGGCCGCCCCUUGUCUACCCGUUCCUUGCCCCGUCCCCACCGGCGACGGGCUCACGAUUCGCCUGGCUUUCUCCAGCUCUACCGUAAAAUGCACCACAUCGACCGUGCCCAGCUCAUUUCAUCCGAAGUCAUCCGCUCAGUCCGUGCCCGUAUCCUGGAGUUAGAGCGGCAGCCACAUUUGCACCAGCAUCGCCUCUCUCCUUGGACACCAUCGUGGGGCGUGGAGUUGCCACGUGAUGUGGUACCAACACGAAUCUCUGAAUAUGAGCGUCUUAUUCAGAAGUCCAAAUCUAUGCCCAACUUGGGGGACAGCGAGGUGCCAUCAGGCACCACGACACCUGGUGGUUCAUCAUCUCGAGCUAGCAGUGGUGGUGGUGGCACACCCAGUUUUCCAAAACGCCGAUUCUCCAUAGAGUCUUUGCUAGAGGAAGACAACAACGGAAACAAUGGAGUGGUGCCACACACCAUGGAUCGCCUGCAUCAAGCUCGGAGCCCCCCAGAGGGCCAGCCUCGCAUUGGGCCAGAGCCCCACCAUGGGCGGCCAUUUGCUGCUCCUCAUGGUCUUCUGCAAGGCCAGCGAGCCAACCCAGAGUACUCUGACAGUGAACAAGACGCUGCUGCAUCAGACCUCAGUGACUUCAUCCAGGUGGAGGGCUCCUCGUUCUGUAGCGAGAGUGACUUUGACCAUUGCUCACUCACGUCCUCUGAGAGCUUGUAUGGCUCCUCUAUGCUACACCACCAACACCUUCGUCACCAUCAUCAUCAUCAUCACCACCAUCACCACCACCCUGCUCACCAGAGUUUAGGCCAAAGCCAGGGCUACCAACACCGCCACCUAAUAAGCUCCUGUAAGGGCCGCUGCCCAGCCUCCUAUACUCGCUUCACCACCAUGCUGCGGCAUGAGAGGGAGCGGGCACGUCAGGAACGCCAGAGACCUCCACCACAGACCCGUAGCAGCCUUUCCCAAAACAAGACCUCACAGUCCCAGCAAGCAAUGUCCAAGCUGGCCUUCCUUGUCAGCCCGGUGCCUUUCCGUAGAAAAAAGGGCUCACCGCCUACCUCAAGAAGGAGCAGUUGUGGUGGUCGAGGCAGCCGACCCAAGUCUAAAGAGGCCAUCUAUGAGGCACUAGAUGCGGCAUUGAGAGAUAUAUAUGAGCACAUCCGAGCAGAGCGAGGCCACAGGGGCUCGAGGGCACCUGACGACAGCAUUUUGCGGAGAAUACUGGCAGAGCUCCUUCCUGAUGUGCCUGAGCGAAGCUCCUCGUUGCGGGGGAGGAUAAUGUGUCGGCAAGGGGGUCACUCCUCAUCUUCUCUGUAUCCGGAUGGGAGCUCCACAGAGUUCAGCUCGUAUCGACGGGACACUUCCACACCUCAGCUACAGUCACCACGGCUACAGUCGCCAAUCAGUGCCUGUUAUGGACACCAUUCAGACGCCUCAAACAAUAAUGAUUACGGAGAGGAGCGGGGCAGCGGAAAUGCUCUCUGCUACUCAGAUCAGGAUGUCUCCAGGGGUUACUCCACCAUGGAUGGACGCCACACCCCCCAGAACAGAAGAGCCACCCCGGACCGAGAGGUCUCCCAUAAACAGAUGACACAACUCAUUCUGUUCUCUCUCCUCCAUCAGAAACAGCCUGCGAGAGCCAUUUAUGAUUUUAAGGCACAAACGGCUAAGGAGCUGACGUUCAAAAAGGGGGAUGCAGUAAACAUCAUCCGGCAGAUAGACAACAACUGGUAUGAGGGCGAGCACCGCGGGCGAGUGGGGAUAUUCCCCAUUUCAUAUGUAGAGAAGAUGCCAGCCACAGAAAAGCAGCAGCCAGUCAGGCCUCCUCCACCAGCACACGUCAGAGAGAUCGGAGAGGCAGUGGCCCGCUACAACUUCAAUGCCGACACAAACGUGGAGCUUUCUCUCAGAAAGGUAGUCUGGGGCGAACGAGUGAUCCUGAUAAGGCAGGUGGAUCAGAACUGGUAUGAAGGGAAGAUCCCAGAUACCACCAAGCAGGGCAUUUUCCCUGUCUCCUAUGUGGACGUUGUCAAGCGCUCCCCCUCCAAGAGCUCCGCCCACCAUGUAGAUCCUCAUGGGUACCCUGGAAACAGGACACCAGGCUCUACACCCACCAAGCGAUUUGUCCAGGAUGCCCUCCAUGGUGGCGGAGACCCGUAUCAAGCUCUGUAUAACUACCUGCCCCGUAAUGAGGACGAGCUGGAGCUGAAGGAGGGCGACAUUGUUGAUGUGAUGGAGAAGUGCGAUGAUGGCUGGUUUGUUGGGACCUCUCGACGGAGCAAGCUCUUUGGGACCUUUCCAGGAAACUAUGUGAAGCAGCUAUCAUGAUGAUACCAGGACCCCGUCAACCCUGCCGGUCUCCUCUCUGACGCCAACCAUCAACCCCCAGCACAGUUUCCAAAAAAAGGGUCAACCAAGACCUUUUGCACAUAUACUUGUGUGUAGCAUGCCAGCUCCACACAGCGAGAAGAAUAUUUAGCUGCAACUAGCCACCUUUACGGGAGACUUAUUUGAUAAAUAUAAUUCCUCUUUUUCCUCGAUCCUGGAGCGCCCAAACAUUAUACUGCAGUCCGUGACCUUUAACCUUAAGAGGCUAAGGAUCCAGAACGAAGACGGCAAUCACUCAAUCAUAGCAAAGUGAAUAGCGCCCUCCUGUCUUUUUAUUUAACCAACUUCCUUGGACAAGAAUAGAAGUGAAUAGACAUUCUAAGGCAAUACUUGGGGGUUUAGUAACUUUAGUCACUGCCCAGUUUACCUGUACACAUGUGGUUGCCUCAACAAUCUUUUUGUCCAUUAUAACAAAUUCAACACUUGUUACAUUUCCACGCCGGAUUGCAGGUGACUCCCAAAGGGUAUUUAUUAAGCAAGGAGGGUAUUUGAAGAGCAGUAUUCUUCGGCCAUUUCAUGUAUACACACGCGCGUUUAGCGUAACAACUAGUUGCAGCACAUUAAGGGCAUCGCAAUCACGCAACUGACACCCGGCAGAAGGUCACUGACGUGGAUGUCGGUUUACUGCAGUUUAACUCGUGCUUCUGUUACCCCACGGUAUUGAAGACCAGAUAAUGAAAUUGGAGCCUCUUUUGUCUCUCCGUAAAAUUGUUACUUACGGUGCAUUUUAACUUGCGGCACUCGCCGCCCGUGCAGGUACGUCGGCUCUGCCGGUGUAAGAUUUGAAAGUGAAAAAGUAGAACCUGUUGGCUUGUGUUUUCCGUCAUCUUACUAGCAUUAAUGCACUUUGAUUAACCUUUUAACCGUACAGUACACAAUUAAAGGAUUCCACGUGAAAUUUUAAUGGUAAGAUGAGCCCGUCCCGGGUGUUCGGAGGCAGCGCUAACCCUGUGGUAGAACUGUGUAAGGAAAGUUUCCCACUUUUUAUGUCUGAUAUUUAUUAGCGGAUGCGUGCCGACUAAAGUGUAAGAAAAUUAGUCCGUCCGGAAAAAAUGCAAGUUCUAGAAUGGAUGGAGCAAAACUCUUUUCUGACUCCGUGUACUUUUAUUUUGAUUUUAUUUUUUUCCAUUGAAGUGGCUUAAGUUGAAGUGUACUUGUAAAAUACGUCAACGGUAGCGAACCCACAUUUGACUGAAGCUGUUUUUAAUUUGUAAGAGGUAUUCCUCUCCCGUUGCGAGUGGAUGACUUCACAUGACGCAGUAGUAAAUGGUCGAUAAUGAAUUGCCAGAUGUUAUAUUGUUUAAUUUUGAGUUUAUUUAAAGUGAGAUUCGGAUUGGAUGCAUUUUAUUGAGCAGUGCGGUCGUGUUACUGGGUGUUUUCCAAUAGACGGUGACGGCAUCCUGUCACUGGCCAGGCCGAGUGUGUAGAUUAUCACUAAGAUCAUAUGUAUUGUUAUAACAUUUGGAGCCUAUGUCACCUUGGCGUUUCAUGUUCAGUGAGUAUAAUUUACAAGUUGUUUUUUUGCCUUUCACUUGUCUUCACAUAGACGAUGGACACUGACAAUGAAGCAAUUGUUAAAGCACCUUAAUAUAUUUUUGUUUGUUCAUUCUUUGGUUUCUUCACAUCGUCACCCCAUCAUCCAGUUUCCUUUGGUGUGAGUGCACUGUGUGUGUGUCUGUGUGUGUCUAUGGUGUUUUUGUAAGCCUUUUGUAUGAGAGUCAAAUAACGGCCAACCUUCAGUUCUUUAUAAAGUCUGCUUUUUCACUCCCACCAUCAUGAUUGGUUUCCUCUUCUUUGUUCACAUGUUUGAAGGACAUCGUCAGUGGUGCUUAUUUCCGCUCCUCGAAGGCUGCCGGAGGCCUUGUUAUCCUGGUUCUCCCAGGCCCAUGGUUGCAUCGUAUCAGUGGUGUGGUUUAGAUCAAGCAAAUAACAGCUAUAUGCUAUGUCACAUAUGUAUAAGCAACACGGCGGUGGUGACCGAGUAGGGUCGACCGACUGCUGCCACACAUCUACAUCACCUAUUUUACAAGGCUCAGCGUUUUCGGGUUUUUAUUUUUCAAAGCCAUCCAGCAUGCUGAAUUUCGCCACAAGAGGACACUGUUACAUAACCUCACACGAACAGGAACAACUUUUGGAUCAGUGGAAACAUAAAAUCUGGGUGAAAAUCAGUUUAAAAAUCUGGGUAUUUUUCGGUGAAAAUGGGUAAAAACCGAAAACGCUGAGCCUUGCCUAUGUAACAGUAUAUAGACCUCAUCUAUGAUGCAAAAAAGCCAUUUAUGCAAACUUCAUGGAAAUAUUUUCUGCAUCACUUAGUAAAAAAGUGUUUGGAAGUGUGAACCUAAUUAUGAACUGUAGUGUUCAAUCGUAAGCCUCUUGUAUGUCUUUGAUGCUGUAGAAACAGGCUCGGGUGGAGACGCUGGAUUUCUCGAGGAUCCGCGGGCUCCUGCUACGCCUUUACGUGUUUGGGGAAAUGUACAAGGGGGUACGAGUGCAAAUCCCAACGCUCACUCAUGUCAUGAAAUCAAACGGGAGUCAACGCAUACUCUUGGACUCUUGAGAAUUUCUAUAAUCUCUUUUGUUUGAUAAUUUUAUGGGGCAAUAUUGCUAAUAAAA